UCGUAAAACUCGUCAGUUUGAUCAAGAUUAACACAAAAUACGGAUUUAUUUUGCUGGAUAUAUAGGCACAAGUACAGAGUUAAUUUUAAUCUAGAAUUACCGUGAGACAACUUGACCGGCUCUCUCGAGGAAAACUCUCGUUCAUGGUUUUGAAGAAGGCGACAAAAAAUACGAACAAACUUGAGAUAUUUUUUUCAAUCCAAGCGAAAGAUAAAUUAUUCAGAACAAACCUGCUAAAUCAACUAAAAAGGUCUUUUCCCACAAGAGUGCAAUUAGCGGUGUGUCUGUGAUAAAGAUGGAUGGUUGGUGAUUUCUAACUCGUUCCUAGGAAUAGUACAUUUAUCAGCGUCGAUAAAACUAAAAUGAGAUAACUUUCUAGACCCAAUUCAUCCAUAUAUAUGUACAGUGACGAAGGUUCGGCUAUUGAAUGUGAACCAUGGUCGAUAAUACAAGCAAUGCUACUUUACAAGCACAAGAAACAACCCCUGGUAAUGGACUUUCAAUAAUAGUAAUAUCCUCAUCAUGGGCUGUGUUAGGGAUCUUGUCUGCUGCUCUCAACCUCUUGGUCUGUUACGCUGUUUAUAAGGUCAAGAAACUACGCACGGUGACCAACUGCUUCGUAGUAAGUCUCUCUGCUGCGGAUUUAUUAGUAGCCAUGGUGUUCACGCCCAUGCAUAUCAUAGAGCAAUACRCUAAAACAGUUGUGAAUGGCUAUCUCAUCGCUUUUAUAUUACUUGCAUCGAUUUUCAAUCUUGCAGCAGUCACCUUUGAACGUUAUAUUGCACUAACACGACCAUUUCAGUACCGUUCACUUUUAAGCUCUCAGCGAAUCACCCUUAUCKUAACUAUCGCUUGGCUUUCUCCAUUAGUGAUUUCACUGUUGCCUUUGGCAUGGAAAACCAACACASACAGUGUCUUCCAUACAAUUUACCUAGUCGUUCUUGUUGGGGUUUUUAUUUUAUUACCUAUUGUGGUUAUGAUUUGUAUUUACAUGCGCUUACUUGGUGUAGUAAGAAGCUUUAUCCUAAGGAACAGAAGUAGAGCGAGUAUUGGGAAUGCAACUGGAACACGCGUGGGAAGAGAAGAAAAGGCUGCCCGAGUCUUCGCUUUUGUGUUUGCUACAUUUCUCAUUUGUUGGGGGCCUAUUAUUUACAUAAAUAUCUGCAUUGUGGCCAAAGCCACUCAGUUCGUUUCAAAGGAACUUCUUUUUGUUUCAUUUUACACACUSCAGAUUAACUCAAUAGUUGAUCCGGUCAUCUAUGCCUUUUUUAAGAGAGACUUUAUCAGAGCUCGGAAUCAACGGCAAAACUGCCUUUGCUGUGGGGAACCGAAGUCCGAAGAUAUAUCAUCGGAGAUAGUUUUACAGCACGCUUCAUCACACCGACAAAGUAUUGUCUCUCGAUCGGUUGGAAAUCAUUCAUAUAAACAUCAUCGGUAACUGACAGGAAAACCAGUUAGCUGUAACCCUAGCCGUUCAGUAUUGGCCGCGCUUCCUGGGAAAUCAGUACAAGACACUGUGAUAAAGAAUUUCAGACGCUCUAUUGUUUUUCUCUUUUCUUAUUCAAUCGAAUUGAAUUUGAAGAAGAAGAGAAGGAGAUUAAUGAUAAAUAGAAUCCAAACGAACUAAUGAAUGAAUGAAUAAACACGUCUUUUCUGACAUGUGUAAAUUUACCUCGCUUUUUGAUUUAUCAGCUACUUCACUCUAUUUUCUACUGAUAUAAUAACUUGAUUAUUUCUUGGUAUCAACCGAUCUUAUGACAAUACGAAUUUACUAGAGCAUUUUAUGCCCUGUUUUCCUGCAGAUUAUGGUGUCUCAUGAGAUUUUCGCAUUAGUCGAAUUAAAUCAAACGGUGUGAACCACUGACAAUUGGUGUUGGGGAAAUCAAAGAAAUGCGGCGAGAAAAAGAGUAUAUAAGUAGACUACRUAUGUGAUUUAUAGAAUGCGGUAUAACAGCUUCCAAUGAUUUCAAAUGAGACACUGAUUAAUAUACCAGUAGUUAUUUUCCAAGGAAGUCAAUAAAACAGCAAAUCCUACUGAUGAUAAAA